AUGGGAUACCCACUUGAUCCAUUCGAAGAAAGAUCGCUACUUUGGUUACUUCCAGCAGAUAUUCAUGCAGAAAUAUGGCAACCAGCUGAUAUAGAGUUGUUCUCGGACAUGCAGAAAACUUCAUCUUGUAAACAGUUCUUGGCGAUGGAAAAUAAUGAUGAAGCUGUGAAUAUUGAUUAUCAUUAUGAUGAUCCAGAACUUGCUGAAGACAUUUACAAGCACUGGAAAGAAUAUGAGGGCAAUAAUUUACCUAAUAUGGAGAGGGUUCAAAAGAAUAUAAACACUGAUAUGCGAGAAGUGCUAAUCGAUUGGAUCGUGGUGGCUUGUGAAAUAUGUAAUCUGUCACCGGAGACCUUCUAUUUAACUAUCAAUUGUAUUGAUCGCUACAUUUCCAACACUGUGAUACAAAUGAGUCAGUUACAAUUAGUUGGAAUUGGUUGCUUAAUGAUAGCAAUUAAGUAUGAGGAGGAAUGUCAUGGGUCAGCAAUGGAAUUGGUUCUCUAUCUAACCAAGUAUACAUACUCCAAAGAACAGAUAAUAAAAAUGGAAGAAACUAUUCUUAGUUGCUUGCAAUUUGAACUAGCAGCCCCAACAGCUCAAUAUGAAGAAGAAGAGCUUCACCCUACUCCUACGCUCUCGCAGAGCUUAAUCGAUGAACUUCCUCUUCCUCCUCAAGAGCAGAAACAAGAAGAGAACGAGGACGAUGGCGAUGACUUCGAAUUCCCUGUUUUCGGCAGAGAUCCUGAUUUGUCACCGAAAACUGCCGAUGAGAUUUUCUAUAACGGCCAGAUUCGGCCGAUCUUCCCUAUUUUCAACCGGAAACCUCUCAUCGCCGACGGUCACGACUAUGAUUCCAAGCCUCCGAAAAAUCGCUCGUCUCAUCGUCACCCUCUCAGAAAACUCAUGAUCGAGGAGCGCAACAACGAUGACCCUCCGUCUUCCUCUUCCUCUGAAGCCGACGAACUCGAAAGUGUUCCUGACGGAACUUACUGCGUUUGGACUCCGAAACCUGUCGAACCAUCUCCAGAGACAUGUAAGAAGAGCAACUCCACCGGAUUCUCAAAGCGAACCUGGAAGAUCAGAGAUCUCCUCUACCGUAGCAACAGCGAGGGUAUGGAUACCUACGUUUUCCUGUCUCCUUCAAAGACUUUGAUGAUGAAGAGGAAUGACAAAACUGAAAAAGCGGCUGACAGGGUGGAGAACGACAAAUCUUCUCACCACCACCACCACCACCAACAACAACAACAACCAAAGGAGAGGAGCAACUCUGUUCCCGGCCAAGUUAAAGUCGCCGCUGCGAAGGGGAAAGUGAAGAGCAAGGGAGGAUCCAGCGAAGCAGUAUCGGCUCACGAGAUUCAUUACGUUCGUUACAGAGCUCUAAAGGUGGAAGAUCGUCGACGGUCAUAUCUUCCUUACAGACAAGAACUGGUUGGUUUAUUCGCGAACGGGAAUGGUGCGAGCAGCAGGAGUCUCCAUCCAUUUUAGAGCAUACGGGUGUGUCUUAAUUUGUUCUUUCAUAUUUUUUUUGUAAGCAAUUUAUUAUUUACGAUUUUCACAGGAGUUGGGUGUGGAAACUCCGAUCAAUCAUCACUGAUCAAAACUGUUCUUUUCAUUAUAAGAGUCUUGAUAUCCAUGGAUUCCA